AUGACAUCCCGCCUCGUCCUCGUCAUUGGAGACAUGCACAUCCCCGACCGAGCGAUCGACAUACCCCCAAAGUUCAAGAAGCUGCUCACCCCGGGCAAGAUCGGACAGACGCUCUGCCUGGGCAACCUCACGGACAAGCCGACCUACGAGUACCUGCGCUCCAUCUCGCCCGACCUCAAGAUCGUCAAGGGCCGCUUCGACGCCGAGGCCACGUCGCUGCCGCUCUCGCAGGUCGUCACCCACGGCUCCCUGCGCAUCGGCUUCCUGGAGGGCUUCACCAUGGUCGCGCCCAUGGAGACGGACCUCAUGCUCGCCGAGGCGAACAAGCUGGACGUGGACGUGCUGUGCUGGGGGGGCACGCACCGCUUCGACGCCUUCGAGUUUGAGAACAAGUUCUUUGUGAACCCGGGCAGUGCGACGGGCGCGUUUAGCACCGGGUGGGUGGCGGAGGGGGAGGAGAUCGUGCCGAGUUUUUGUCUGAUGGAUGUCCAGGGGAUUGGUUUGACGCUUUAUGUGUAUCAGUUGAGGAAGGAUGCUGAUGGGGUUGAAAGCGUCAACGUGGAGAAGAUCACAUAUACCAAGGUUGUGGGCGGAUCAUGA